ACAGCACGCGCCAGUCACCGUCAGAACGCCUCUGCAUACGAUCGUGCGACGCGCGCGCAACUCAUCACCUUUCAAAUUCGAACGAAUUCAGUGACGUGACGUAAAGUGUUGUGACGAAUCGGGACGGAAUACUGAUAUCAUUCAUGUUACAAAUUAAUACACAAUAACCUAUCACGGUUACGUGCAGUGAAGUCAUGUGAACACAGUGCGUUACUGGUGCGCUGCACGGCGUUUACCUUUUUAUGUGACACAAUGGGCACCACUGUGCGAUGAGCCGCUUGCCAUUGGUGACGCUCGCUCUGCUGGUGACAGCAUGCACGGCGGCUGCGCAGCUCCGACCAGCCGACGCAUCCACAGCUGAUAACGACACACGAUGUGGCACAGAAUGUGUGAGAUGUGCUGCGGACGGAUGUGUAAAAUGCGCCCGGCUGCUCAUAUGGCCGGGGGGUACUUGCACUCACGACUGCCCGUCAGGUACUCGCGAGUCCUGGGCACACGAUGAUCACCUCAUGGGCCGUGUCUGUUAUCCUUCACAUACAUAUAACGAGGUGUUAGUUGGCGGUGCAUGCGGCGCUGUGGUGUGCGUAGCACUGAUAGCUGCGGGUGCCGCGUACGCACGCUGCAGGAACACCCGCUCUCACCCACGCCCUCUGCCGGCAUCGCACCACGACGAUGACACGCGGCUCAGGGAGUUUCACAAGCAACUCGACUGCUUGCGACCUCAUGCCUACACAUUGCUGGCUAUACUGAACCAUACGCGUAACCAAGUGCGCGAACUUUACCAGUUAGGCAAUAACGAUGCUGCGAUGGCUUACAGCUGCGUUCUAAGCGACCUGGCCAAGCUACUGAUUCUACUGAACAAGCAACAGGUACCCGUGGUGCCGGAUGAGUGGCCACGUCUCGCCAGUUGGGCUGAACGAAUCCUGAAACGGUACAGCCGUAUCGAUUUAGGUCAGCCACAACAGGAAGGACAAUUGGUGAAUUUCCUCACAGCGCCGCCGAGUCAAGCCUCCGACUCCGAAGGUACACAGCAAUCGUUCUCUACAUUCAAACCUCCAUCGUACUCGCCUACAUCAUACCACAGCAACAUUGAUAAAGAAACGGAUAGUCAGUGUGAGUGGAGCGAUGUGGGACGACCGCCAAGCUAUACCCAGAUUGAGAGAGAAAGAGAAGCGAUAGUCCUCUCUGACCCCUGGGAGAGGCGACCGAUUGUCAGAAGAGAGAGUAUAUGGCUAGAAGACGAGCUAUUCGAAAUGACGAGGCGACCUCAAGAUGAACUUACUACCGAAUUAUAAGGUAUUCAUUCCUCAAAUAACAAGUACAAAGACUUUCUAGAUAUUAAGUUUUCUUUUAUUACCAACCUACCUAGCCAAGACGCAAAUAAAUUCUUUGGUAUAAUUUUCCGACAGUGUUACACAUGAAAAGAACACAAAGCCAGAUGUUGCUAUUUCGUUCUUUGUCAUAUACGCGGUAGCAAUAACGUGUCUAUCGAUAUAUUAUUUUGUUACUUGUCUAGGAGGGCAAAUGGUCUUUUUUUAUAAAAUCUUGUAGCUAUAUGUGUCAUCAAGUUCAAUUAAUUAAUAUUAAAACCUCUUACUUAUUCUAUUGUACCUAUAUAUUUAUAAAUUUGAGUGUAUACAUAUAACGACUGAAAUAAAAACAGUAGAACGCCAAUUUAAUUUUAACACAAGAUGUAGUGUUCAUAAUUGUUAUAAGCUAAGGCUGUUGUAAAAAUAUAUGAUAAUGAUAAAAACGAUUUAAAAAAUCGGAGUCUACUCGUUGAGUGUGAAGAGUCGAUUGUGUUUUUUUUUUUUAAGUACAAUUAUUUGCUUCUGGCUAGGAUAUAUAUCGUAGUCAAAAUAUUUCAGUGCACCAAAAAUAGCGAUAUAGUAAGAAUAUAGCUAAUUCACCAGAUAAUCUAUAUUCAUUUUAACUUUACAACUUGGGAUCUUGUUGUCAUACACCUGCAUACUACGAGUAUGACUGACAUUAAUGGUGCUAUUACACAAUAUUAAAAUGAAAUAUCUUCUUAAUUGUAAUUUGAUAACUGUAAUAUACAUUACGCAAUUCGAUUUAAAGUGAUUCGAAUUAUUUUAAUUAUACCAUUCCGUACCUGUAACAAUAAUAUACAACUUUAUGUAGAUAAUAUUUAAUAAAAUUUUAUUUAGUUAACGUCAAUAUUAUAACAAUGCUGUUUAUAAAUAACAUAUCUAUAUUAACAGAUGAUAUUAUAUACCUAUACUCAUGGACUUCAAUUCCCAUUAUCUUACUACUUUAUUUUUACAUAAUUUCUGAUUAUUGGAUUAUUAUUCAUAAUUUCAAUUAACGUCGAUUUAAAGACAUUGGAGAAAAUGGGAAUUGUCUUCAGAAAAUUAAACCAAAGUAGAAAUUAAGUUAGAUGUCUAGUCCUGUUUGUAUAGUGAUUAGUACCUACCUACCUGUUUUGUUUCAAUUCAAUAUUGUUUUGUAACAACAUGUUCUAAAAAUAAUAGGUACUUAUAUUUUAGAAAUUUAUGUAUCUCAAAUUACACUUAUUUAUUUAUAAACUAGCUUUUAUCCGCUACUUAGUCCGCGCUACUUAGUCUGAAUAUAUCUAUUGGUCAGGAUAAAAAGCACCCUAAGUCCUUCACCCUAUAUAAACCGUGUAUACCAAAAUUGAUUAACUAACAAACUCACUUUCAUAUUUAUAUAUACCUAUUAUUAAUUGUAAAGAUAAGCUGCCAGAUUUUUUUAUGCAACUUAGAACUUUUAAUUUUACAUAAUAAAACAAAUCUGGGCAAAAGCUAAAACCAGUCUUAAAUAAAAUGUUUGCAUCUUUAUUUCUAUAAAGAUACCAACUCAGCCUACUAAUAUUUUCAUAUUAUUAUAUAAAGACCGAUCAGUCAAAAAUAAUUUUUCUACCAGAACUGUUUUUUUUUUUUUAAAUUGUGUACCAUAUUUCAUAUAAUAUCCAUUUCUAUAUUAAAAUAACCUAAGACCUAAUAUUAGAUAUAAUGUAAAUGUCAAAUAUUCUUCACAUUUAAUUUUGUACAACGAAACGUAUAUAAAUAUUUAUGUAAAUGUUACUUACUAAAAUAUCUUUAUUUAUAUGUAGGCAGUUAGGAUAAUUUAUUUGUUAAUUAAAUACUUAUUAUUUUGUAAGUAAUUAAAAUGUAUUGAAUAAAGAUGUUUAUAUAGUUUGUUUUA